AGUGUAGAGGCUCGAGUGUAGCAAUAGGCUCCUGGCAGCAAUGCCGAGUGCAUCGACGCCUCGGACGUUGAGCGAUCCCUGGGGGCGGCCCAGUGCCAAGAGCGAUAGGAAGUCUGUGGCUUCGGCUGGAAGCUUGUCAUCACUUCUUGGUCAGUUGGAGCAGCUGGAGAGGCGGCGGGGCUCAGCUCGCGGAAGUUGAGUGGCGGAGAUGACCCGGCCCAGUUCCAUGAGCCCAAAGCUUGGCCAUGGAGAGUCGAAUGCCAUGGCCUCGACGCGGGGCUGUUCAGGUUUGCGGGGCUCCCGGACUUCGCAGAGCUCCUGUGCGGAGUCGCGCUCCCUGGCCUCUGGCUUGCCAUCGCGCAGCGCGUCGCACGUCGCAUCGCAUGUGUCGUCCCUUGCCUCUGACCGCAGCUCAUGCGUCGCUUUGCAGUCGGGCCGCUCCCUGUCGGCCCGGGGAGCCCAGUCGGCCAGGGGGUCCCAAUCGGCUCAGGGGUCACAGACCGCAAGGGGGAGUGGGGGCAGUGAGCGCGACGCAUGGCUGUCCAUGAGCUCUGGGCAAUCGACCUCGGCUUGCAGGUCAGACGAUAGCUCCAUGCCACCGAGAACGCCUAGAAGCGACCAGCACGGCAACGGAGGCCAAGCCCAGCGACUUGGCGGAGAGGGCGGGAGGAGCUACAAGCAGCUUUUCCGCGAGGCCGCUGGCGCGCGCAGCUGGGGCGCGAAGGACUCAGCUGAGCCACGAGGCGUGGCCAUGCUGUAUGGCUCCCUCGGUGGCUACAACGAGCGGAUGCCAGCAGCGGGGGCCUUGCGACGCGCAGCCGCGGCAGUGUUGGGCCCUGCGAGCAAGCGCCGGGCCGCCGCCAAGAAGGCCGCGCGGCAGGUGCAGACGCUGCUGGUGCAGCGCGAGCGCCUGGAGGCUCAGCGUGUGGCGGAGGAGCGGAAGAGCGCGCGCCUGGGGGCUGCGCGGGUGGCCAAGGAGGUCGCCAAGUUCUGGCGAGGCUGCUGCAGAGCCGCGCAGUACUUCGAGGUGCAGCAAAGGCAUGCGGCGAAGACGAAGCAGCAUUUCGAGAAUAUCCAGGCCCUGGUGUCGCGCAGCGAGGCGUUCUCCAGCGAGGUCACCACGCAGCUCUUGGCGGAACAGGAGCUAGAGGAGCUCGACAGCUCCAGUGAAGGGAGUGAGAAGGAGAAGGCAGAGGAGCUGGCAAAGACUGAAGCGCCCGCUUUGGACGUGUCUGCUCCAUUUGCCGCUUCUGCUUCAUCUGCCUCACUCGCUUCGUUUGCCACAGCUGCCGUGCCUGCUUCUUCUGCCCCACCUGCCCCAUCUGCCCCAUCUGCAACUGCCGAUGCGUCUGCUUCAGCUGCAUCUGCCCUCGCGCCUCCGGAAGCUGAGAGCGGCCAAGCCUGCCAAAGACUGAAGAAAGAGUUGGAGACGCUGUCCCCUGAGCUCUCAACCGACAACUUUGAUCGUCGGCAUUUGUCGCAGCAAAUCACGACGCAAGUCCCGGUGCUGCUUCUUCGCCAUCAAAUCAGAGAGUAUCAGCAUGUUGGCCUUCAUUGGCUUGCCACGCUGCAUGAUAAGCAAUUCAACGGCAUUCUUGCAGAUGAGAUGGGCCUUGGCAAAACCAUCAUGACCAUUGCGCUGCUCGCGCAUUUGGCCAUUGAGAAGCAAGUCUGGGGGCCACACUUGAUUGUUGUGCCGACCUCCGUUCUGAUGAACUGGGUGAAGGAGUUCAAGAAGUGGGCUCCAGGGCUGAAAGUGUGUGCCUACUUCGGAGACGUCGAGGAGCGACGCUUGAAACGCCGUGGCUGGGGGAAUGAAGAUGCCUUCCACGUUUGCGUGGUGUCGUACAGCGUGGCAUUGCAGGAUGUUCAGACGUUGCGGCGGAAGCGUUGGUACUACCUCAUCUUGGACGAGGCUCAGCAUAUCAAGAACUUCCGCUCCCAGAAGUGGCAGCAGCUCAUGCGCUUCAACUCAGCUCGGCGCUUGCUACUGACGGGCACGCCGCUGCAAAACCAUCUCACGGAGUUGUGGUCGCUGCUCCACUUCCUCAUGCCCGACAUGUUUCACUCCUUCACGGAUUUCAAGGAGUUCUUCUCAGAUCCUCUGCAGCAGGCUCUUCAAGAAAAGCGGGUAGACCAAGAGCAGGAUCUCGUGGCGCGGCUGCACAAAGUCCUGCGGCCCUUCAUGCUCCGGAGGCUGAAGUGUGAAGUGGAGCGCCAGCUGCCUAACAAGCACGAGUACGUUGUUCGCUGCCCCUUGUCUCGGCGCCAGCAGUUCCUGUAUGAGGAGUUCAUGCAGAGGCGAGAGACGCAGCAUGUCCUGAAGAAAGGUGAGUACAUGGGCAUGAUGGGAAUCCUCAUGCAGCUGAGAAAAGUGUGCAACCACCCGGAGCUGUUCGAGCCGCGAUGCCCAGCCACGGCCUUCGUCAUGGCCCCCCUGGAGGUGAGCUUCCCUGGCGCGGUGCUGCUGGCGCUGUGGCGGGCGGUGGCUGGGCGCCGGGUUGGAGAGGAGAACUUUUGCUCCCUGCUGCUUCCUUUGUUGUCGCUGUGGCGGUUGGAAAUCUCCUUGCCCAAGCAGCAACACAAGGAUCUUCCCAUUGCUGAGGUCAUUGAGCUGCAUAUGCCUGCAGCCAAGCGGAGGCGGACGGUUGUCCCGACUCUUCCUGCGGAUCGCCUGGGCCCUUUGAGGAGGGGCAUCUCUUUGAAGAGCCAAAAGUUUCUGGACGAGUCUUGCUUGGAUUUUCUGCGUCGAGAAGAGCAAAGGAAGGAUGAGCGUCGUGAUGUUGCGGUCGCCGUGGACACGCUGGUGUGGCUAGCCGCUCGUGACCGGCCCUGGCACGGGGAGAGCGGACAUGAUUUGCUGUCAAUGACCUGUCCUUGGUGCUGCGAGUGUUUGGAGGGCGAGCUCUGCCGUAGAGGCUGCGCCGCUCCUUUGGCGAUCUGCCGCCAGCGCCUGCGCCUGCGCCCUCGGCCCUUCCUCUGGCCCGAGCCGGCGCGGUGCGGAGUGGCUGACCUGGGCCCAAAGCCGAGCCCAGUCGAGGAGCAGAUUACUCCAUGGGAGCGGCGCUUGUGGAACCUCCCAAGGCGGAGGCGUCGCGACUGGGAGGUUGAUGGUGGUGCGCUGGAAGCUUUGUGCACCUCCAUUCACAGCGACCUGCUGCAGCACUUCUCACAGCGACUGGGGGUUUGGGGAUUGCUGGUGCCGCGAGUCCAGGUGGCGCCGGGCGGGUUGCUGCUUCAGGGCAAUGCCAUCACAGAGGUGGAUCCACACAUCAGGCUACGGCCCAGCCUUGCAGCUGGGCAGUCUGCCGUUUGGAGCCGCCUGCAGCAGUCGGAGGCGUCUCUGCGGCAGAUGCUGCAAGGAGCCCUGGUCCGAAACUCCGUGGCUGAGGCUUUGCAUGGGCGGUUGCUGUGCCACCUUCCGGAAAAGCACUAUUUGGAGUCAGACUGCGGGAAACUUCGCAAGCUCGCUGUGAUGUUGCAGGAGUUCAAGCGCCGCAAGGCCAAGUGCAUCAUUUUCACGCAGUUCAUUAAGAUGCUGGAUGUGCUCGAGGCUUUUGUCUGCAACCAUCGGUUCACCUACCUCCGGCUAGAUGGGAUGGUCAAGGUGGAGAUGCGGCAAGACCUGGUCGACAGAUUCAACGAGGAGGACCGGAUCUUCUUGUUCAUUUGCUCAACCCGCGCUGGCGGAGUGGGCAUCAACUUGACCAGCGCGAAUGUGGCAGCUGGGAUUUGCUGGUCAUUUUCUACGAUUCUGACUGGAAUCCUGCCAUGGACCGACAGGCAACGGACCGCGCCCACCGAAUUGGCCAGACGCGGGAGGUGUACAUCUACAGGCUCAUCAGCGAGCACACAGUGGAGGAGGAACAUUUGGCGGAGGCAGCUGCAGAAGCGGGAGCUCGACAACGUGGUGGUCGACCAAGGGGAGUUCACCACAGAGAGGCUGGAGAGCCUUCACCGAGGAUCAGGCAAAGUGGAUGGCCAAGAUGCAGCAGAUGCGGCGCCACAGCCAAUUUGGACUUCGGCAGAGGUUCGCUCACUGCUGCAAAAUCCAGAUGCAGCCACGGGCUCUGCUGUCCCUACGGGGCCGGCGCCGGCGCCGGAAGCGGCGCCAGCGGCGAACGGCCAGAGCGGCCCGAAGAGCACGGCUGAACUAGAGCAAAUCCUUCAAAGCGUGGAGGACCGGGACGAUGCGCAGAUGGCGAGGAUGGCUUCUGUGGAGCUGCAGCAGGCGGAGCAGCUGCUCAAGGGCGACUUCCACACCAAGCCUUCCAAUGCCAAUGCCAAAGCACCGCAGAAGUUGGAAUGGCUCAGCCUGCCCCGCUUGGUGCGGUGGGGCAUCCACCGCGUGCGGCUGCUGCAAGUGGAGGAGGCGCUGCUCCAGCGCGCCGCGGCUGGCCGGUCCACGAAGCGGAAGAUGCCGCAUGUCGCUUGAUGGGCUCGAUGGCCAGCCGGCCAGCUGACAGGCAGCGCAUUGAUGGAGGAUCCGACGGAG